AUGGAUAACGAGUACCUCCUUUCUAUCCUAGCCGACAUAGAUCAUCGAACAUACAUCCUGAGUCCACUGCGCAAGCUGACAUUAGAAGGCCUACCCCAGCUGACAAGCAUUUGCUCAAAAGUCAAUGGAGCUUCCACAUCUCAGACAAAGGCGAGGUCCGAUAUUGAAAUUAUAUCCGAGGACGAGCUUGAGACUCCCAUGCCAGCUUUCAACAGAAGGAUUGUUUUCCCCGACUUGGAAGACUUGAAACUGUCUGCACUCAGAAUAGAGAAGACUAGACAGGUGCCUAGACAGGUGCCUGCGUUAUGCUGUUUCGUAUGGAGUGACCAAUCUAUAGAUCUGUUUUCUUACUUUCAAAAAUUAACGAAAUUGAGUGUGGAGGGAUGUGGGAAAUUAAAAUAUUUAUUCACUUCUUCUAUGGUUAAAAGCCUUGCACGCUUGGAAAGGCUUGAGAUAUGCGAUUGCAAUCUCAUGGAAGAAAUAAUAGCCAGGGAAGGAGCAAUUGGGAGGGAGGUGGCGUUUCCUAAACUGGGUUUCCUCAAGCUUUGUGGUCUUCCAAACUUAAUAAGAUUCUGCACCAGUAACUUAAUCAUAUGUCCUUUCUUGAAGGAGUUGCAGAUAUAG